UUCUCAUUCUUCAUUCUCCCAUCCCUUACGCGAACGCGAGAACACACAAAAGCGCCGUCGUCCCUAAUUUCUUCAUUCUUCAUUCUCAUUCUUCAUCGUUCCCAAAUUUCUUCCCAAUUUCUUCCCAAAUCGCCAUCAUCCCUAAUUUCUUCCCAAUUUUCAUUCCCAAAUCGCCAAUUUCUUCAAUCAUUCUCCAAACCCUAGACGGCGACCCCUUUAUCAUUCUCCAAAUUUGCUUCAAUCUGCGGGAAGGAAAAAUUGAUUGUUGUUGCUCAACAUGCACAUCAGUCUGCUCCGAGAAGAAUGCUUUGAAGAUUGUUCAUGUAGAAAGUGGUUAUGUAUCAGUUUUGGCAACAUUGGAAGCUGUUGAAGAUUUACAUUGUAUUUUGGUUUGUGAAGCUAACCGACUUGUUUCUGUUGGAGAGAGUGGGAGACUACAAGGGUGGGUCAUGAAUUCAACAUGGAGUGAAAAGAUAGAGUACUUCAUCAUUCCAGCUGAUGGUUCCACGUCCCCUGGCAUUGUGGAAUUAAAGAGGGUUCCAAGGUGUGCUCAUUUGGUUGUAGGCCGAAACAUCUAUGGAGAAUUCAGUUUAUGGGACAUUACCAAGCUCAAUUGUGUUUCAAGCUUCUCUGCUUCAAAAUAUCCAAUUAGUGAGUUCUUUCCAAUAAGCUUGUUUGAUUUGCAAACUAAAGGCUUGGGAUUGAGCUAUGCUAGCAUAGAGGAGAAGGCUGAAAUUUCUGGCACUCAGAGCAAAGAGAGACCUGUGUGUAUCUACCAACUGAAGAUGUUGCUAUGUGGUUUCUUGUCUCGACUCCCUCGGACUUUGAUUGUUGCCCGAAUCAUGUUUCAACUUCAAGUCAUCACGAUGUACAUACAGCUAGAAGUUGGAGGCUUGCCCUUUUGGUGAAAAAUAGCAUAGUUUUUGGAAGUCCCUUUUGGAUCCUAGGUGCCAUAUGAUGUUUCCUGAGUUGAAUAUAUAGUCUGUCAUAUUUUAUUUGAUUCUGCUGUGCUCGAUUAGUGAUAAUGUUAAGUAUUGACUUUUAAUGUGUUGAAUGUAACUUUGUUAGCUUGUUAAUUAGGAAUUGACAAUGACUUGUGGAAAAUAAUAUUCGGAAUUAUGUCAAUUUUCUUGUGCGUUA